CAUUGUACGAUACAAAAUGGCGACGGACGCAGCUCCCCACGGCUUCAACAGCCAAUCUAACGUAAACAGUGGCGGAGGUUGGACCUCUGGACCCUCUACAUCAAGUUCUCAGGGCGUCCUCCCAAAUAAUAAUCAUUCAGAGGCUGCUUUUUCCGAAUACUAUGAAGAGGUGAAAGCAAUUGAGAAAAGGGAUGCUGUUUUGACAUCCAAGCAACAAAUGGACAGGCUUACUAGGCCAGGGGCUACCUAUUUCAACCUGAACCCAUAUGAUGUUUUGCAGAUUGACCCAGAUACUCCGCUCUCAGAUGUUAAAAAGAAAUACAGACAGAUGUCUAUAUUGGUGCAUCCUGAUAAAAACCAAGAUGAUCAAGACAGAGCUCAGAAAUCAUUUGAAGCUGUGAACAAGGCCUACAAAACACUGGAGAAUGAGGAAGGUCUCAAAAGAUGCCGUGAAGUGGUGGAGGAGGCAAAGACCAGAACAGAUGAAAUGAUUCGCCUAAAAAAGAAGCAGCUCAAGAAAGAAGGCAAGCCACAAGACGUUCCUGAGGACAAUGUUGACAAAUACCGUCACGCUGUAUAUGUACAAACAUGUAAGCUGUUUGCCGACCUGGAAAGACUACGUCAGGAAAGAGAGGCCAAAGACAUGCAUGAAAGGAAACGUAAAGCAGAGGAGGAAGCAGUGGAAGAAGAGAAGAAACAGUUUGAAAAGGAAUGGCAGAAAAACUUUGAGGCGAGUCGGUCUGGGCGGGUGGACAGCUGGAGGACCUGGAACAAGAAGCCAAAGAAAAGCUCGAAAGGAAAUCUGAAACCUCCAAAACUGAAAGCGGAAAAACGCUGAUGCUCUACCUCCCUUCCCACCCCCACCUCCUUUGGUAUUUCUCCAAUAUUUUUGUUCUCCUUUGUAUUUUUUGGACUGUUGUCUUUGUUGUCUUGCUUGUUUAUUAACACCCCACCCCCUCCCUACAGUCACUGUAUUUCAGUGUUUGUUUGUGGUCCCCAUGUUUUGUGUUACAGAAGUUUUAAAGUCUAUUACAUGCAAAGAUUGCUGGACAAGAUGUGUUACGAUAUAACUGCUGUUGAAGUGGAUCUGCUUGCAGUCUCAGAGUCCUGAUCAGGGAUAUAGGGAUGUUAGUGAUAGGGGGUGGGGGGUCUUGUCAUUUCAGGUUGUCAGGUGGGUGGUGCACACCAUUACCAUGUGGUGUGAGGUGGACAUUUUAUUGCACUGUUGAGGGAGGUUUAAUGGAAGGGGGUUCUUCAUUUAGGUAUUGGGGUUUGUACAAUAUACAAAGAAUAAAAGUCCAUGGUGCACUAUUUUUGCUGCAUGUGCAUACAAGCAAAGACAAUGAGAGGUACCUGUAAGAUUGGCUACGGCAUCAUCUGUUUUCUAAUGUUUUAGGUGUGACCUCAUGUGAUGACAUUUUCAGCAAUUUGAUGAUGGGGUGUGUUUAUUGUUGGUUCAGUGCUAAUGGAUUCAUGGUGUAGAUCUUGUCCACAUAUGACAUAAUUUGGACAUUUGGGUUUAUAUUCCCUAUCUUUCUCACCUUUUAAAAAUCAUUUGGGCGAUUACGUUUUGCAAGAGCUGACGGCCGUCUGCAAGACUAGACCUGUGUUUAUUGAUCACUUGCAAGCCUAGCAGUAAAGUAAUACUAGCAAAUUUGGUACGGAUAUGCACAUUUUUUAUUCCGGAGUACAUACCCAUACAGUGCUUAUGGCUAAAACCGUUUAAAAGAAUUAGAACCAGGUGAUUAGUGUGACGUAUAUGUAACGUUAUAUAGGGAACCAGGAGCGGCAAAUUUUGCUUACUUCCAUGACGUCCAUGGUAUUGCACAAAGCUAAAAAUUACACGUUUUCAUGACCUACCAAGUUCGUGAUGAGGCAAAAAAGCAGUUAAGCAUUUCUUUACUUUCUCUUGUUUCCAAACAGACCUGAUUAUACUGUCUAAUGUGUGACAGUUUUUGGUACCAGUUACUGUAUACUGAUUCCAUGGCAACAGUUAUAUCAAUAUUUUUUUGUACAGAUAUAGGAAGGUCAAUGUUCAUCAGUGUGUAGUCUGUAUGUAUCUGUCUUGUGAUAGUAAAAAGAUGGUAGUGGUAUGAUCACUAUGGGUGUUUGAUUGUGCUACUGUACUGUCCGUGAAUGCAUCUGUGUUCAAAGAAUUCUUAAAGUUUAUGUACACUCUCUGUCUUAACAAAUACCAGACGAGAACCAAGUGGGAUUUGGGGGAUUUUACUUGUUUGAAGAUGUUCUCAUAAUGUCACAGCUUGGGCUGUCUAAUAGUCUAUCAAUGUAUCAUGCUGGGCCACGGUGAGGAUGGCCCGGAUUUUCACAAUGUGGGCUUCUUGAACAUAGGUUGUUUUGGUAAUAUUGAAAUUCAAGUCUCUACAUCAAGUUUGCUCGGUCCUAUCGGAGGAGGGCAUUAAAUUGGGAGGCGCUAUUUCUGUCUAACUUCAUAGGGUUGAAAUGGGUUUCAAACCAAUAAUAAAAUUAUUUGAUUUAUACAUCA